AUGAUCUACAACUCAGAGAAGCGAGGGCGUACAAGAAAGAGUGUAAACGAUGCUCCGCCAAACGUAGCAGGGAAUAAUGACACCGUACAGACACCCCUGACCACCCGCCUCAGUUCACCCAUCCAGUCAAGGACAGUAUCAGAUGUUUCACAUCCUCUAUUAACCUGGGCUCAGCUGCGAAAGAGUCAAAGAGUUGAUAGACAGACAGAGGAACCGGAGGAUUGGGCCGAGCAAGAAUCAGAGGACAAAAGUCUCUCCUCGCCCCCCUUCCUCAAACUCUCUCACCCUCCUUCCCCCUACACGAAAACCCGUGGCCCACUACAUCAGGAUUCAGACAAUCGAACCAACAAAUCGACAACCAACCGUAACUCAUACUACUUCGGACUCUCAGUAUCAGACAACAGACACUGUAUAUACCAGGUGCUGCCCAUUGCCUAUAGCGUAUCAGAGGACCGUCACUUCAAUGGCCAAACUCGGAGAAGCUUAUCCUACACCUACGUGCGAGGACUGGAGAGGUCAGUUCUCAAUGGCACCGUGAAUGACCUACUGGAUGAUGCCCUCUUCAAGGAGCCUUUUUCUGCCCCCGACAGGAUCGAUCAGAUUUUCGAAAACACAUGGCUCGAGGUGUGCAGGGCAUAUAACUACCGUGAUAUACCGGUAAGAAAGGAGGUAUUGGCUAAUUUGAAACAGCGGCAUUCUACCUCGCGAGGUAUGAUGACCCAAGGAAUAGAACGAUUCAUAUACAUCACUUUUGGUUUCCAAGGACGUAGUGCAAUAUAUAUACAGGACCGAGUGGAAUACCUCUUACAAAGUGACAGAUAUAUAUGGCAUCCGACAAAGUACGAUAAUGUUUCAUCCGACGAGAGAUAUGCGUCGAGUGUUUCGUUUCAUUUCCGGACCUACGGGCUUCACGGUAUCAACUUUGCGCGUUGCUGGCGGUUCGCAGCGCAGGCGAUCCGGCAAUUCAUCCAAAGCAAAUAUUAUUAUGGUGAGCGACAGAGGGAUCUAGUUGACCCCAAAUUCAUGGACAAGAUUAACGACGUCUUUGUGGCAUUGGCAGCCAGUGUGAUUGGGUUUGGGCUGAGGAACUGGGCAAUGGGGGAGUGGACCAGCGGCCUUGAAUUCAAGCGAGAUACAUGCUUUACAAUGUUCCAACGUCAUCUUCACAGCUUGAAGACGUUACCGAUCCUGAAUCAAGUCAGGCUCAUUAACAACCUCAAGAAGCCUACACAGACCCCGCGGCAGAUGAAUUCUUGGAUUUCAAAGCCAUUUAAAGGAGAGAUGGAGGAGACCCAAGAUCUGGAAGUGUCUGAAGGGGAAUCAGAUGACGACGAAUUAUAA